UAGUUUGAUUUAGUUGUAAAAGAAAUCGAGAGAGGUCAUGAUCGUACUUUCUUCAACUUGGCGCGAUAGUAAACGUCAUUUAUUUAAGUUUUCUCAAGAAAUGUCUAGGGCAGGGUCCAGACUUGAUUCUAAGAAAGUGAAUUCAGAACUGUUCACUUUAACUUAUGGCGCAUUGGUAGCUCAAUUACUCAAGGAUUAUGAGAACAUUGACGAUGUCAAUAAACAGUUGGAAAGAAUGGGAUACAAUAUGGGAAUACGUUUGAUCGAGGACUUUUUGGCACGCACUGGUUCUGGACGUUGCUAUGACUUUCGAGAUACAGCAGAGAAAAUCCAGACUGGCUUCAAAAUAUUUCUUGGUAUCACACCAACUAUUACUAAUUGGAGUACAGCUGGAGAUGAAUUUUCUCUUUGUUUUGAAUCAAAUCCACUAACCGAGUUUGUGGAAUUACCAGAUCAUUGUCUGAAUUUGAAAUACUGCAAUAUAUUAACUGGUGUACUAAGAGGUGCGUGUGAAAUGGUGCAAAUGGAAGUUGCCUCUUGGUUCGUUCAGGAUCAGUUGAAGAAUGACAGUGUCACUGAGCUGCGUGUCAAAUUUAUUAAGAGAUUAGAAGAUGCCAUUCCAGCAGGAGAAGAUUAAGAACUUCAAUGAAUGUGUUCAUUGAGACAUAAGUAAUGCUGUAUAUAAGUAUUAUUUCUGUAACUACACGCUCCGUAAAUAUAUAAACAUGUAUAUUUACUCCAAAAUAAAGUACUAUGCUCUAGA